UUCUUCUUCUUUUUAAGAUAUAAUUUAUACUAGCUAUGGCUAUACCCAAGACACCAGAAGAAGAGCAAGAACAAGUAAAUGAGUUUAAAAAGAGUCUAGAAUCAUCGGCACUUGAAGGAUUUCCAGACGAAGUAUUGGUUCAAUUCUUACAAGCUAAUAUUUGGAAUAUGGAUGCUGCAAAGAAACAACUAUUGGACACAGUACAAUGGAGAAAAGAGUUAGACGUAGAUCAUGUGCCUGUAGCUACCAAAUACAAUAAAUUACCUAUUAUAGUGGCCUGCAGAGGGUAUAAAAAUAUAGAAGAUGGCAACUUUGAUGCAAAACCAGAACUAUCUGAAAGUGUUAUCCGUAUCGUCAAUUCCACUGGUGGAGACUGUUUCCACAAGUUUGAUAAAGAAGGUCAUCCUAUUCUGAUUGAUCGCACAGGAUAUCAUAAUUCAAAGCAAAUGGGUAGCCAAGUCACCCGAGAUGAGAUUCUCAACUAUCAUAUUGCUGCUAAUGAAUUCUUGAACCGUGUCAUUAUGCCAGAAGGUUGUGAGCGAGCAGGCAAACCUAUUCAUAGCGAAACUGUCAUUUUUGAUUGCACCAACAUGGGUCUACACCAAUUCCAUAUGAAUGCCUUUUAUCUGUUAAAGGCAGUGGCGGAUGUCGUUCAGCGUUAUUACCCAGAGACUCUUCAUAGACUCUUCAUUGUCAAUGCUCCUGGUGUAUUUGUAACCAUGUUCAGAGUGAUCAAAGCGUGGUUAAACCCUAGAACACUAGAAAAGAUCCAUGUCCUGGGAAGUGAUUAUAGAGAUAUUUUAUUAGAACAUAUAGAUGCAGAGAGCUUGCCUGACUUCCUUGGGGGCAGUUGUAAGUGCGAACAUAUGGGGGGAUGCGUACCUGAGAUAGCCAAUGUAUCCACUGAAAUGUUUACUGUAACAAAUGAUAAUGAAAAAGUCCCAACCGCCUAUAAUUCACAAAUUAUGGAACGAGCUAAAACAGAUGACCGUCUUUGUAAACUAGUUGAAUAAAGUGUAGAUUGUAUGACUGCGAAUUUGCCGCAUUAAAAAAAAAUCAGUGCACAAAAAUAAACUCAGGGACACAAACUAAAAAAAAAAAAAGAAUCUG